CUACUAUUGGCUGUGAUAUUGUUCACAUUCACAAGGGAGCUCUGGAAAAGCUUGAUGGCGCUUCAAUUGCCCGCCAUUCUUGCUAUGUCAUUUGCCCAUCAUCGAUAUCAGGCAAUACUGCUCGUCUACCAUUCCACCAGCAGCGGCCAGCACGUCUUACAGCGACCGAAGAGCAUACCCUCUUAUCGCACUAUCAACUAUCAUGAAACGCUUACAUACCUUUUGGAAAUCUCCAUCAUCGUUGUGUCCUACUCGUCUUGUAGUGUAAGAUAUUGAAAGUAGAGCUCGACAAGCGACGACGAUGAGA